AUCGUUGAUUUACCAUGGAAAAACUGUUCUGCAGCAUUCUGGUGUUUGGAGUGGUUGUUGCAGUCCAUGCCUGUCCAAAAUACUGUGUUUGUCAAAAUCUGUCUGAGUCACUGGGAACUCUCUGCCCUUCAAAGGGACUUCUUUUUGUACCACCAAACAUAGACAGGAGGACUGUUGAACUCCGACUUGGGGGCAACUUUAUUAUUAACAUCAGCAGACAGGACUUUGCCAACAUGACUGGCCUUGUUGACCUGACAUUGUCUAGGAAUACCAUCAGUUACAUCCAGCCCUAUUCCUUUGUUGAUUUAGAAAGCCUACGAUCUUUGCAUUUAGACAGUAAUAGGUUGCCUGAAAUUGGGGAGGACAUUUUGAGGGGCUUGAUUAACCUUCAGCACUUGAUUCUAAACAACAACCAACUAAAUUAUAUUUCAGAUGAUGCUUUUGAAGAGUUUCUAUUUACUUUAGAAGAUCUGGAUCUUUCUUAUAAUAACCUCAAAAGCAUCCCUUGGGAAUCCAUCAUGAAGAUGAUAAACUUGCACCAGAUUAGUUUGGAUCAUAAUUUGAUCGAUUAUAUCACAGAGGGGACCUUUGCAGAUCUACAGAAACUAGCCAGAGUGGAUCUAACGUCCAACAGACUUCAGAAGCUUCCUCCUGAUCCCAUUUUUGCCAGGUCUCAAAUAUCUCCAUUAACUACAACUCCAUUUUCCCCACCUUUAUCUUUAAGCUUUGGCGGAAACCCUUUGCAUUGUAACUGUGAGCUACUGUGGCUACGGCGCCUGGACAGGGAUGAUGAUAUGGAAACGUGUGCUUCUCCUCCAGGUUUAAAGGGAAGAUAUUUUUGGUAUGUCCGGGAAGAGGAAUUUGUUUGUGAGCCCCCUCUGAUUACACAGCAUACUCACAAAUUUGUAGUUUUAGAAGGACAAACUGCCACUUUGAAGUGCAAAGCAAUUGGAGACCCAUCUCCCAUCAUUCACUGGGUGGCACCAGAUGAUCGACUUAUGGGCAAUUCUUCAAGAACAAUAGUUUAUGACAAUGGCACUUUGGAAAUCCUUAUCACAACCUCAAAGGAUCUUGGAGUAUUCACAUGCAUAGCAGCAAAUGCUGCUGGAGAGUCUACUGCAACAAUUGAGUUAUCCAUUGUGCAGCUUCCGCAUCUCAGCAAUGGUACAGGCCGGACAGCCCCUCCUAAAUCAAGACUUUCUGACAUCACAAGUUCCAGCAAGUCUAAUCGAGGAGAAAGCAAGGGGCCACCAGACAGGGCAGUCUUGGUUUCUGAGGUGACCACUAGUUCAGCUUUAGUCAAAUGGACAGUUAGCAAGUCAGCACCAAGAGUUAAAAUGUACCAGCUACAAUAUAACUGCUCUGAUGAUGAAGUUCUGAUUUAUCGGAUGAUUCCAGCUACAAAUAAAGCAUUCGUGGUGAACAACCUGGUUUCUGGAACAGGCUAUGAUCUUUGUGUUCUGGCCCUGUGGGAUGACACUGCCACAACGCUCACUGCUACCAACAUUGUAGGCUGUGCCCAGUUCUACACCAAAGAGGACUAUCCCCAGUGCCAGUCCAUGCACAGCCAGUUUCUGGGUGGGACCAUGAUUUUAAUCAUUGGAGGCAUCAUUGUGGCUACUCUGCUGGUAUUUAUCAUCAUACUGAUGGUGCGGUACAAGAUUUGCAACAACAAUCCUGGCAAGAUGGCCAAUGUUAGCAAUGUCUAUUCUCAAACCAAUGGAUCUCAACCUGUCCAGAACGGAGUCCUGCCACAAGUGAAUCCCAAAGUUGUGGUAAAGAAUGAACUCAUGGAGUUUAACUGUGAGUCAGCACACAGCAGCAUCUCUUCUUCCUCUAGUUCCAUGAACAGCCGUGACUGUGAUGGUUAUAGCCUCCAAAGUGAGCAGGGCACAUUGUCCAGUAAAUGGAGGCCCCCGUCAAGAUCAAAGCAUCACAAUAUUGAUCGGCUCAUGGGAGCUUUUGCCUCUCUGGACCUGAAGUGUCAGAAAAAGGAGGAAACAAUAGACUCAAGAACUUCCAUAGUGGUCCGUCACUCAGACAAGGAGCCACUUUUGGGUCAGCAGGAAUCCAAAUUUCGCAGCCUCCUCAUGUUGCCACUGGAGGGUAAAACUAAACGUAGCCAUUCUUUUGACAUGGGGGACUUUUCCACUUCUCAGUGUUACAACUACCCCAAAAAGAUCACAAACAUUUGGACAAAACGUAGUUUGUCAGUGAAUGGUAUGCUUUUACAGUACAAUGACAGUGACCUGACAGAAUCAAAAGGAACUUAUGGGAGCUCUGAGUGGGUCAUGGAAAGCACAGUGUAAAUAGAAAUUGCCCUCCAUUCCAUUCUUAGUCCUACCAAACAUAACUAAAUCCAUGAGUUCAAAAGGCCAUAAAUGUGAUAGAAGGAAAACAAACCACACACAGACACACACAUUCAGCCACAUAUUGGUCAAUAAAUAUUAAUAUAAAGAAUUCAAGUGGAGUAAAAGAAGUGAUGAGGUUUAUAGGAUGUGUGCAUGUGUGUAAGGAGAUGGUGAUAUGCCCUCAACAUAUUAUUUAUAUCUUUGUGAAUGUCUCAAGGAAUUCACUGGAAACAUUCAGUGCUAUCCCGAUUUCCCAGUGAACUGUGUAACAAAAUUGAAAGAGGAUUAAUGCUGGUUAAGAAGUGUCUAUUAACUCUUAGGAUAAUUGUGUUUGUCUUCAUUUUCUCAUUGUCUGAGGUGAACAUUUCAGUGGACACAAAACUAACAGGAGAAUAAUCUCAGCUGCCACUACAUAACCAACAUAUCUGGGAAAAGAAACCCUGAACACACAAAUUAACAUUAAAAUUAAAAGCAACAUUUUGAAAAGAUCUUGUCAUUGUUUGCCUGAAGAUUCUCUUCUCUCCAGAAAAAAAAAUCCAACAAUCCAUAUUCACAGCCUUUCUUUCCCUUGUUAUAACUUUAAAAAAAAUAAAAUCUAAUAAUUAAUUAUUAAUAAUUGAGAUGCUAUCUUAGUUCUCAGUAUUUUUUAUUCACCAACAAAUGGCCAUCGGUUAUUAAGAAUAUAAGGGAGUUUAGUGUCAAGGCAGAAGAGAGAAAUUUAGUUUUUAUAACCUGGGGGAGAAAGGAGAAAAAUGUUCCUCAUUCUGACCAAGAUUCUAAAAUCACUAUUUAAUCAACAAAAAAGAAAAAUCCGACUCACAAAUAUUAGAAGAGGGAGGGAGAUCCAUGCCUUCAUAUCAAAUACCACAAAUUGGCAUAUCAUCAUGUCAGUCAAAAGAAGGGCAUGAAAUCUCUAGCAUCACAUGAAACUCCAAGUUUGAUUAUGAGAAUAUUCCUCAUGAGCUCUGGAAAAUGCAG